AUGUACUGCCGCCUGGGCGCCAUCUUGCCGCAGUCCCUGGGCCAGGCCCAGCCUGUGGCCUUCACCUCCGUGGCUGCCUCUUCCACCACCAUCCUGAGCAAGACCGCUGGGCAGAGCGUGGCGGUCUUCCAGCAGCCAGGAGGCCCCGUGCGCCAUGCCAGCGGCGCCGCCGAGGCCGACCCAGAAGACAACCCUAACUUCUUCAAGAUGGUAGAAGGCUUCUUCGACCGCGGCGCCAGCAUGCUGGAAGACAGGCUGGUGGCGGAGAUGAAGACCCGCGAGAGCGAGGAGGAGAAGCGGCACCAGGUGUGCGGCAUCCUGAAGAUCAUCAAGCCCUGCAACCAUGUGCUGAGCCUGGCCUUCCCCAUCCGGCGCGACAACGGGUCCUGGGAGGUGAUCGAGGGCUACCGAGCCCAGCACAGUCAGCACUGCACCCCCUGCAAGGGCGGCAUUCGCUACAGCCAGGACGUGAGCGUGCAUGAGGUCAAGGCCUUGGCCUCCCUGAUGACCUACAAAUGUGCUGUUGUCAAUGUCCCCUUUGGGGGGGCCAAAGCUGGCGUGAAGAUCAAUCCCAAAAACUAUUCUGACAAUGAGCUGGAAAAGAUCACCAGGAGGUUUGCCAUGGAACUAGCCAAAAAAGGCUUCAUUGGUCCCAGCGUUGAUGUGCCUUCUCCAGACAUGGGCACAAGUGAGCGGGAAAUGGCCUGGAUCGCUGACACCUAUGCCACCACCAUAGGACAUUUUGAUAUUAAUGCCCGCGCCUGCGUUACUGGGAAACCCAUUAGUCAGGGUGGUAUUCGUGGCCGGAUCUCUGCUACGGGUCGUGGUGUUUACUAUGGAAUAGAAAACUUCCUCAAUGAAGUUCCCUACAUGAAUACUGUAGGACUGACCCCGGGGCUUAAAGACAAAACGUUUGUUAUUCAGGGAUUUGGUAAUGUGGGCCGGUACGCUAUGAAAUACUUGCAUGGUUCUGGGGCUAAAUGUGUUGGUGUUGGUGAAUAUAAUGGCAGCAUAUGGAAUUCAGACGGCAUAGAUCCAAAGGACCUGGAAGAGUUCAAAUCGCAACAUGGAACAAUCCUGGGUUUCCCCCAGGCAAAACUCUAUGAGGGAAACAUUUUAGAAGCAGACUGUGAUAUUUUGAUCCCUGCUGCCAUGGAAAAGCAGUUGACCAAAUCUGUUGCAUCCAGAGUCAAAGCCAAGAUCAUAGCUGAAGCUGCCAAUGGACCAACAACUCCAGAAGCUGAUAAAAUUUUUCUAAAGAGAAACAUUCUGGUUAUUCCUGAUCUCUAUUUGAAUGCUGGUGGAGUGACAGUAUCUUAUUUUGAGUGGCUGAAGAAUAUAAGUCAUGUCAGCUAUGGACGUUUGACCUUCAAAUAUGAAAGAGAUGCUAACUACCAGUUGCUCAUGUCUGUUCAAGAAAGUUUAGAAAAAAAGUUUGGGAAGCAUCCUGGAACUAUUCCUGUUGUACCCACAGCAAGGCUCCAAAGCAGAAUAAAAGCUGCAUCUGAGAAAGACAUUGUAUAUUCUGGUUUAGCUCACACUAUGGAAAAAUCUGCCAAGCAAAUCAUAAACACAGCCACUAAGUAUAACCUGGGAUUAGAUUUAAGAACGGCAGCCUAUAUCAAUGCCAUUGUGAAAGUCUUCAAGGUAUACCAAGAAGCUGGUUUGACCUUCAAAUAG